ACUUGCAUUGCGUCUCUUACCCUGGCUGACGCUCACCGAAACACCUUCGAAGCACACCCUCGAACCAUGUGUGGCCCCGAUAUUUCCAACAGGCCCCGAGGUGGCGCUCUGGCCGUAAUAAAUCCGACCAACGGUCUUGUCAAGACUGAGGGCCAGGAAAUGCAAGGCGACCUUGCUUUCCACACACCGGGCGACCCAUGCAGCUCUACAGCGACGCAUGCUCGUUGGACCUGGGGCGAGGGUCAUGCAUCGUCUGCAUUGGGAGGGCUCAAGUUCAUCAUCCACAAGUCAGGCGACAUGACGAGACGAAGGGAAGACUGCGGGCUGUUCCACGAGUUCAGCUUUGCCAAUGGGGCCGUUGUGCAGGGGGGCGAUGCUCUCGAGUUGGUAUUGAACCAGCCCAUCUCACUGCAGGUUGGCGAUGAUGGUAUCAUUGGCCGCCGAAUCUCCGUCAUGUCAGGGGCUGAUGACGCCUGGCAGAAUGCCGUUGCCGAGGGCAUUGUUGGCUUCAACUUUGCCCAGCCCUUGUCGGCUUCCCUAUGAUGAUUUUGCUAUUUGCAUGGCGUCGAACCCUUCCUGCAGGACUCCAGACAAUGGCGUUGUAUUGGUAACCCUUCUAGCGUUUGGUUUAGUUGGAGAUUAGAGGUUUGGAUUUUUGGGCUGGCACAUCCAAGGUCACAUUUCUGGCGUUG